AUGGCUAACUCCUGCAGAUUUCACAAACUGGAGAAUGAAGAGCAACUCUCCUUUAUUCUAAUCAUAUCUGUUGUCUUCACCACGAUGAAUCUCGUGUCCUCUCAAACUGCGAUAGCCAACUGUUCUUUGGAUGGUAAAGUCACCCUUUAUGAUAUUAACCGAACUUGCCAAAAUGCGAGUUGGGGUGGCUUCAUCAACCAUGACUGUUGCGGAGUAUCCUUUGACGAGUAUCUCUACGCUCUAGGCCAGCAGGCGAACCUGACUGGACAAAUAUUCCUCGGUGCCAUGGAGCAGAAGAACUGCUUAGCCUCGAUGAAUGCUACCGAGUCAAAUGUCCUCGGAUGUGGAAUCGAGAAGCUGACAAGAGGGGCCGGCGGCUGCUCCGACUAUUUGGUCACAGAUGUGGUGACUCGGCUAGGAGAUAGCUUAAGGAACUUGAGGAAGGAUUGUGAUCUGGGUCAAGAUCAAGAUGGCUCAUCGAAGCAGGGUUGCAGCGCUUGUCUCGCUACGUGGGAGGAGAUUGGUAAAUCAUCCGCUAAUGGAACAGAGACAGCGAAACUUGACGCCGAUCUAUGUCGGUUUGCAGCUUUGAUUACAUUGACGGGCAAAAAGUCUGGUGAUAAAAAUUGGGUACGGUCGGUAUACAAAUGCCUUGGGGAGCCGAGUGGUCUUCACGUAGAUGAAAAGGACAGUAUCAACAAGAAGAGCCCUGGCAUCAAAUCUAGAACAGGCCUAUGGAUUGUAAUAGCUGGUCUGGUAGGAAUCGUCAUAGUUAUAGCUAUUGCAGCAUGGAUAUGGUUCAAGAAGAGGGUUAAAGUUCGUGUCCCAAAAGAAAAAGAAGAUUCACCAAAACUGCCUUCCGAGGAUUCCAGCGGUCUCAAGAUAUCAAUUAAGGAAGUUUAUUUGGCAACAAACAAUCUCAACCCAACAAAGUUCAUUGGCCAAGGCAUAGCAGGCAAGGUGUACAGGGGCAUUCUCUCCAACGGUCAAGACGUGGCCAUAAAGCACAUCAUUAGCGAAGGCCAUACAGAUACAUACGUUAGAGAAGUCGCCAGCCUUUCAGAUGUCCGGCACCCGAACCUGGUAGCUCUGCUGGGCUACUGUGAGAAUGAAGAUGAGUGUUUCCUUGUUUAUGAGUUGUGCCACAACGGUAACCUCUCAGAGUGGCUGUUCGGAAAAGAUAAAGUACUCUCGUGGAUCCAAAGACUCAAAAUCGCCAUUGACAGCGCAAGGGGACUCUGGUUUCUCCACACCUAUCCAGAAGGCUGUAUUGUUCACCGUGAUAUUAAACCGACAAACAUUCUUAUUAGUGCCAACUUCGAAGCCAAGCUGUCAGAUUUUGGAUUAUCCAAGGUGAUGGAUGUGGACCAGUCGUUUGUGAGCUCAGAAGUCAGGGGAACAUUUGGUUAUGUUGAUCCUGAGUACAGAAGGAACCGCCAUGUCAAUGCUUCAGGUGAUGUCUACAGCUUCGGGAUAGCCAAAGUCCUUACGAAAGGCGGUAACAUAGCAGAGUUUGCUGAUCCAAAACUCAAUGGAGAGUACUUGGCCGAAGCUUUUGAUCUAGUGCUCAAGCUGGCAUUGUCAUGCACAGGAUUUAAGCAGCAAAGGCCAUCCAUGGAGCAAGUUGUAUCAAGACUAGAAAAGGCACUAGAUAUGUCGACCGAAGGGAAAUCAACAAUAUCACGUAGCGAGAGAGAGAGGAACUUGGCAUACAAAGAAUAA